GGCAGAGGGAGGGAAGGACCCGCAGAGAGGAAAGAGAAACUGGGCGAGCGAGGAAGAGAGAAAGUGAGAAGGGGAAUCCGGGAGAGGAGGAAACAGCGGUCGUGGAGGGCCACGGAGAGAAAGAGAAAGAGAUUGUAAGGGAGAGGGAGAGACAGCGAGGGGGAGAGAGAGAGAAAAGGGGAUGGAGACUUAAAGAGGAGAACUCCGUGAGUCCCAGAAAAAGAUUUGGACAGAAACAAGAAAGACUGGGAGAGAAAGUGGUAUGCGGGGUGGGGGUGCUGCAGAGGAGAGAAGGAGUGAGGGAGAGACUGGGAGAGACAAGAGAUUGGAGAGCCAGAGACGCGGAGACAGAAGGUGAGACUGGAGAGAGAGACAGGGUAAGCGGAAGAGAGAUCGUCCGAGGAAGAGACACCAUCAGAGACAAAGAGACAAAAAGGGUGUGGAUGAGCAGGUGAGGGCGGAGGGCUAUGAGAGGCAGCCCCUGAGAGGCGGCCGAGGAGGGGGACUGAGGCUGGGUGUCCCAGCACCCACGCUGCCCUCACGUGCUCUCUGCCCUCCGGACCCCAGAGCCGCCCCCAAUGGAGGACGGCAGACCUCGGAGCAGUCUCAGCCUGGCCAGCAGUGCCUCGACGAUCUCCUCGCUCAGUGGCCUGAGCACCAAGAAGUCCACCCGGGCAGUAAGCAAGGUGCAUGCCUUUGGCAAGCGGGGCAAUGCGCUCAGAAGGGACCCCAACCUUCCUGUGCACAUCCGAGGCUGGCUUCAUAAACAGGACAGCUCCGGGCUCCGGCUCUGGAAACGCCGCUGGUUCGUCCUCUCUGGCCAUUGCCUCUUCUAUUACAAGGACAGCCGCGAGGAGAGCGUCCUGGGAAGCGUCCUGCUGCCCAGCUACAGUAUCAGGCCAGAUGGGCCAGGAGCUCCCCGAGGGCGGCGCUUCACCUUCACCGCAGAGCACCCGGGCAUGAGGACCUACGUUCUGGCUGCUGACACGCUAGAGGACCUGCGGGGCUGGCUACGCGCGCUGGGCCGGGCCUCUCGAGCGGAGGGGGACGAUUGUGGGCAACCCAGGUCAUCUGCACGGCCCCAGACUGGGGAGGGCCCAGGCGGCCCCGGUGGUCCCCCAGAAGUGAACAGGGGCGCGGAAGAGGGGCGCGGCUCAGAAUCACCAGAGGUGGCGCGGCUCUCCAGAGGUCGUGGCCGACCCGGGCAGCUCACUCCCAGCCCCACGGCUGACCUGCAAUCUGGACCCCGAAUUCGGAGGACGAGGAGCCCAGACCUGUUCACACCGCUCUCUCGUCCUCCCUCUCCUCUGAGCCUCCCCCGACCCCGUUCUGCUCCUGCACGCAGACCUCCGCCCUCCUCUGGAGACGCAGCACCUUCUGCCAGACCCCAUACCCCCCUGAGUCGCAUCGAUGUCCGGCCUCCCCUAGAUUGGGGCCUCCAGCGCCAGACCCUCUCCAGGCCCCCCACUCCCCGCCGAGGACCCUCUUCUGAGGCUAGGGGAGGAAGGCCCCCCAGGAGUCCUCAGCACUGGAGUCAAGAGGCCAGAACAGCGGCCCACUCUGGAACCUCCACAUAUCUCCAACUGCCUCCAAGGCCUCCUGGGACCCGGGCUUCCAUGGUUUUAUUGCCGGGACCCCCUCUAGACUCAACCUUCCAUCAAAGCUUGGAGACAGAUACUCUGUUGACCAAGUUGUGUGGGCAGGACCGGCUCCUGAGGAGGCUGCAGGAGGAGAUAGAUCAGAGGCAGGAGGAGAAGGAGCAAUUAGAAGCAGCCCUGGAAUUGACCCGACAGCAGCUGGGCCAAACAACCAGGGAAGCCGCAGCUCCCGGGAGGGCUUGGGGGCACCAGCGCCUCCUGCAGGACCGAUUAGUCAGUGUGAGGGCCACUCUCUGUCACCUGACCCAGGAGCGAGAGCGUGUUUGGGACACGUACAGCGGCCUGGAGCAGGAGCUGAGCACCUUGAGAGAGACCCUGGAGUACCUGCUGCACCUCGGGUCCCCCCAGGACAGAGCAUCUGCUCAGCAGCAACUGUGGAUGGUGGAAGACACGCUGGCAGGUCUGGGGGGCCCCCAGAAGCCACCCUCCAACACUGAGCCUGACUCCCCAUCCCCUGCUCUCCAAGGCGAGGAGUCCUCAGAGAGGGAGAGCCUGACGGAGUCCUUGGAACUGAGCGCAUCCCGGUCCCCCGAGGCUGACUGGGGGAGGCCCCCAGGGGGCGACAGAGAGCUCACCAGCCCUCGCUCAGGAAUUGGAUCUCCAAGGGUCUCCCGGGCUUCCAGUCCUGAGGGUCGCCGUCCCACUUCCCCUCAGCCAGGAACUAAGGUCCCCCUGGCCCGGCCCCGGAUGAGUGCUCAGGAGCAGUUGGAGAGAAUCCGAAGAAAUCAAGAGUGUGGACGGCCUCUUCCUCGCCCAGCCUCCCCCCGGCUCCUCACCCUGGGGAGGACACUGUCCCCAGCCAGACGCCAGCCUGAUGCGGAACAAAAACCUGUCCUGGGACACUCAGGAGCCCAGAAAUGGCUCAGGAGUUCGGGGUCCUGGAGCAGCCCAAGGAACACCAUCCCUUAUUUGCUGACAUCCGAAGGGCACCGGGAGCGAGUUCUCAGCCUCUCUCAAGCCCUGGCCGCUGAGGCAUCGCAGUGGCGCGGAAUGAUGACAGGUGGAAAUUUGGACUCUCGAGGGGACCCUCUUCCCCCUGCGCCGCCGCCUCCGUCGGAUCCCACGCCCCAGGCGUCCUCACCCCGAAGAUCUCCUCCAACAGCCAAUUCCUGCUCCACGGGUUUCUCCCCCAGAGGUAGUGGGCGCGGCGCGGGCCCCGCCUCCUGGGAGCAGACCUGGGAUUCCGGGCCCGCCCCUCCCGCCCUGACCCCCGACGAGGGGGCGUGGCCUCUGAGAGUCACCCUGCUGCAGUCCAGCUUCUGACCCGCUCAGAAGUGGCAGCCAAUCAGAGCGUGAGGGCGUGGCCUGGCGGGGCCACCAGAAGAUCUGGAGCCUCUCGCCUCCCGUGACCUAGAAAUGGUUUCUGUGGCCAAAGUUUGCUUUUCCCAACACUCGUCCAAAUUUGGAUUAAAACUUUGAACUUUUUAGUCAA